AUGGAUAUGAAGAAGCGGAUCACGUUGGAGCUGAGAAACAAGUCUCCGGGCGAGGUUGCAGAGUUGGUACUUGAUAGUUGUCGUUCCAGCAAUGGCGAAAUCGAAGGACUUACUGAAAACUUCAAAGAACUGGAAUUUCUCAGCAUGGCCAGCAUAGAACUGACAUCCCUGUCUAAGCUUCCAACUUUGGGCAAACUAAGAAAGCUGGAACUCAGCGAUAAUGCCAUUUCAGGUGGACUGGAAAUCUUAGUGGAGAAAUGCCCGAAUCUUACUUACCUUAACCUGAGUGGCAACAAAAUUAAAGAACUCAGCACAGUAGAAGCGCUACAAAACUUGAAAAACUUAAAGAGCCUCGACUUGUUUAACUGCGAGAUCACAAAUAUGGAGGAU